GCAAAACUAAAAAAUCCACCGCCACUAAUCCUCCCCAAUCCGCUAAACUCCCCGACAACUGCCUCCAAGACGCUCAAAACUGCACUUACUUUGCCUUCUUCAACAGCAAAGAAAAAAAACUCCACACCCAUAAAAACUUUAAAUCCUGCUGAAAUUGCCGAGCCUACAUCAGCCAACUCUGACCUUAUGGUCGCGUUGAAAGCCGUUCGCCUG